CGGUGCGACAAUCGAACGCACCGUGGAGCCGGAGACUGACGCGGUUAAAAGCUCCGCUGUCACCGAUUGGCUCGCUGCAGUUGAAGCCCGCCUCCCGGUGGGUUAUAUAAAACGUGUUCGGGCGCCUCCAUCUUUUUCGGGUCCUCGCGCUGCUCCGGUGCCGCCGCUCUGAUCCUCCGCCGCAGACAUGUCCAACCCCAGAGUCUACUUCGACGUCACCGCCGGCGGCGCUGCCAUCGGCCGGAUCGUGAUGGAGCUCCGUAAAGACGUCGUGCCCAAGACUGCUGAGAACUUCCGCGCCCUGUGCACUGGUGAUAAGGGCUUCGGCUACAAGGGCUGCGUCUUCCACCGUGUCAUCACCGACUUCAUGUGCCAGGGUGGUGACUUCACCAAUCACAACGGAACUGGUGGAAAAUCCAUCUAUGGCAACAAGUUCGCUGAUGAGAACUUCACCCUGAAACACACCGGUCCUGGAAUCUUGUCCAUGGCCAACGCCGGCCCCAACACCAACGGAUCCCAGUUCUUCAUCUGCACAGUCAAAACAGCAUGGCUGGAUGGGAAGCACGUGGUGUUUGGCCAAGUGGUGGAGGGAAUGGAUGUGGUGAAGAAGAUGGAGUCGUAUGGCUCCCAGAGCGGCAAAACCAGCUCCAAGCUCGCCAUCGCCGACUGUGGGGAGCUCUGAGCUCAAGCACUUAACCCCAUCUGCUUGUCCUGUAGCCCCACCCCCGCCAUUCAACAUUCCUAUUGAUGGACCCCCCCCCCCCCAUGUUGUUCUGUUGGUGUUGAAAUCAUGUUGCUGCAUUUGUGACUUUGCUUUUGAAAGUUUCUUUUGCAUUGACGAUUGUUUUCCACAAAGUCCAGCGGUUUGUUUUCUUUUUGUUAAGUCAAAAAAAUGAGAGAAAAUAAAAGAUGCCUUGACAAUGAAAA